GUGACCCGCCUUGUUCUACCUGUCUCGCCAUGACAGGCUGAAAGAUUCUUCCUGCUCAGAACUGCCCUUUUCUCCCCCCCUCCUACCGAUGAAUACCGUGUGUGUCGAGUGGUACACGCCGGUUAGCAUGUCACUCAGACGCGGAAUCUACUGCAAAUAAAUCCAGACUGUUCAUACACAACACCAGAUACCUGCAGUUGGAGCAAAGGCCUGGUUGCGCAGAAAUAUUGGCGCUGAGGAGGGAGCGGGCUGGCGGAAAGAGGGGUGCGUGGCGGUGGGAAGUGGUCUUCUAACCAAAUCCUCCAGAACAUGGCGGAGCACCACACCGCAUCCGACUGUAAGCACAAAACGGGCUCCAACACCGGAGGUUCGGUUUCGGGGAAUGGUCGGCCUAACUCCCCGGCUGGUUGCGGCGGCAGCGGAGGAGGCCUGUCCGGUGGACUGACGCAGCCGGCGGGAUGGCAGUCUUUGCUGUCGUUCACCAUUCUCUUUUUGGCCUGGCUGGCGGGGUUCAGCUCGCGACUUUUCGCAGUUAUUCGCUUCGAGAGCAUCAUUCACGAGUUUGACCCAUGGUUCAACUACAGAUCGACUCAUCAUCUCACAACUAAUGGCUUUUAUGAGUUUCUCAACUGGUUUGACGAGAGGGCUUGGUACCCACUGGGCAGAAUAGUGGGAGGAACAGUAUAUCCUGGUCUGAUGGUGACGGCGGGACUGAUCCACUACGUACUGAAUCUGCUUCAUCUGACGGUGCACAUACGUGAUGUAUGCGUGUUUCUGGCCCCUGUUUUCAGCGGCUUGACCGCCAUUUCUACCUUCCUGUUGACACGGGAGCUGUGGAACCAGGGUGCCGGCCUACUGGCAGCAUGUUUCAUCGCCAUCGUACCAGGCUACAUAUCACGCUCUGUGGCCGGUUCCUUUGACAAUGAGGGCAUUGCCAUUUUUGCUCUGCAGUUUACCUACUACUUAUGGGUAAAGUCAGUGAAAACAGGCUCAGUCUUCUGGGCCAUUGGCUGCUGCCUUUCCUACUUUUACAUGGUGUCUGCGUGGGGAGGAUAUGUCUUCAUCAUCAACCUGAUUCCUCUCCAUGUUUUUGCGCUGCUCCUUAUGCAGCGCUUCAGCAGGAGGCUGUACAUCGGUGAGUCACCUGUGUUGUGUGUAUGUUUGUAUGAGAGCCUCUGGUUUUUGUAUGAAGUGCACACAUCACCGCCCACACAUUCACGCCACGUAGUGCUUGUUCUCCUGUACAAUAAUGAAGCAUGAACCUGCUUUUUCCCACUUGCUUUUGGAUUUGGACACACAGAGACGCUUGUGCAAUCGUGGUUGACAGCACGAGUCUCUCUCUAGAUUGACAGCAGAAUUUAAAGUUGACGUUGAUGUUUAAUGGCACAUUUUUUCCACCCACUUCACUCUUGCCUUUCACAA